AUGGCACCCAAGUCUAAAAAGGUCGCACCCUCACCUUUUGCUCAGCCUAAGGCUGCAAAGACCACCAAGAACCCUUUGUUUGUGAGCCGUCCUCGUUCCUUUGGCAUUGGACAAGACAUCCAGCCUAAGCGUGACUUGAGCCGUUUUGUGAAGUGGCCUGAGUACAUUCGCCUUCAACGUCGCCGUAAGAUUUUGGGCUUGCGUUUGAAGGUUCCUCCCUCUCUCGCUCAGUUCCAAAAGACCUUGGACAAGAACACUGCUACCCAGGUCUUCAAGUUGCUUAACAAGUACCGCCCUGAGACUGCUGGCGAGAAGAAGCAACGUUUGCUUACUGAAGCCGAGGCUGUCGCCAACGGAAAGUCUGCUCAUGACGUUUCCAAGAAGCCUUACAACGUCAAGUAUGGUUUGAACCACGUUGUUGGACUCAUUGAGAACAAGAAGGCCAAGUUGGUCCUCAUCGCCAGCGAUGUUGAUCCUAUUGAACUUGUUGUCUUCUUGCCCGCUUUGUGCAAGAAGAUGGGUAUCCCCUUUGCCAUUGUCAAGAACAAGGCCCGUCUCGGAACUGUUGUUCACCAAAAGAGUUCCGCUGUAUUGGCUGUCACUGACGUCCGUGAGGAAGACAAGAACGAGCUCGCCUCUGUUGUUUCUGCCGUCGAAGUUAACUUCAACGCCAAGUAUGACGAACUCCGCCGUAAGUGGGGUGGUGGUAUUUUGGGUGGUAAGACCCAAGCUAAGCUUUCUAAGCGUGCUAAGGCUGCUGCUGCCACUGUUCGUCUUUAA